AUGGUCUAUAUAGGGAUACAUAAGGACGGUACUCUUUUGGCAGCAAAGGUAUUCAAUGUGCAAUUGGAAGGUGCAUUCAAAAGUUUUGAUACAGAAUGUGAGAUGCUAAGAAACCUCCGCCAUCGAAAUCUUACUGAAGUCAUCACUAGUUGCUCCACCCCGGACUUCAAAGCCUUAGUAUUGGAAUACAUGGCGAAUGGGACAUUUGAAAAAUGGUUAUACAGUCAUAACUUAUUCUUAGACAUGUUGCAGAGAUUAGAUAAAAUGAUAAAUAUUGCAUCUGCAAUGGACCAUCUCCACAAUGACUAUUCAACACCAGUGGUGCAUUGUGACUUGAAGCCAAGCAAUGUCUUGCUAGAUCAAGAUAUGGUUGGCCAUGUCACUGAUUUUGGCAUUGCAAAAUUGUUAGGUGCAGGAGACGCUUUUGUUCAAACUAGGACAAUUGCAACCAUUGGAUAUAUUGCUACGGGUAUUAUAACUUUAAAGCUUCCUCAUAUCCUUAGAAGUAUGGACAAGAUGGAUGUUUAUAGUUUUGGCAUCUUGAUGAUGGAGACUUUUACACUAAUGAGACCAAGUGAUGAAAUAUUUACCGGAGACUUGAGCAUACGAGGUUGGGUUAGUGAUUCUUUUCCAUGUGAGAUUCAUAGGGUGGUGGAUGCUAAUUUGGAACAGCCAGUGGAUGAACAAACUGACGCAAAGAUGCAGUGUAUGUUAUCUAACAUGGAAUUAGCUUUGAGCUGCACUUUAGUGACACCUGAUGCAAGAAUUAGCAUAGAAGAAGCUCUCUGCACACUUGAAAAGAUUAGGUCCAGUUUUGUCAGUAGUCAACACUGGGUGGAAUCAGACCAUCGGCUCUGGAUUCCUAUAUUUUCCAAAUAA